UAACUAUUACCAGUAUCACUAUUCCCUGAGUUCCUGCUGGGUGUCGUGCACUUAGGAUGCAUUAUCUUGUUUAAACUCAGCACCUUAUUCCAGCCAGCUCCCUGUGUCCAUCUGUUCCACAUCCAGGGAUCAAAAAUGUAGAAGGGCCUUUGAUUCUUGUAUCGGUAUUGAACAUGCACAGAUUUUCCUCUUGUCAUUUUCUCUACGCAAUCCAGUGUAACAAUUAUUUCCAUAGCAUGGGUGUUGUAUUGAAGAGCGUGGGUGUUGUAUUGCAUAUUCUAAGUCAUCUAGAAAUGAUUUAAAGCUACGAGAGGAAAUGCACAGGUUCACGCAGCCCUUUCAUGUAAGGGACCUGGUUAUUUGUGGAUGUUGACAUAUCGGGCAUCUCAGAACCAAUCUUGUUAACACAUGGGACAGUUGUAUAACAGUCUUUUCACAUCUGGACCGACAAUGACUGGACAGGUGAAGGAGCACCUCAGGGGUCCUUCUAGGAAGAACUCCCAGGUGACCCAGUGCUCCAAACACUGAGGCUUCUUUUCUGUCUCCUCUGUCAAGUGUGACUGCCAUGUUGCGACUUAACCAUACCCUCGUGUCGGAGUUCAUCCUCAUCGGCUUCUCCGCCUUCCCCCACCUCCAGCUGAUGUUCUUCCUGCUCUUCCUGCUCAUGUACCUCUUCACGCUGCUGGGCAACCUGCUCAUCAUGGCCACCAUCUGGAGCGAGCGCAGCCUCCACACCCCCAUGUACCUCUUCCUGUGCGCCCUCUCCAUCUCCGAGAUCCUCUACACCUUGGCCAUCAUCCCCCGCAUGCUGGCUGACCUGCUCUCCGCCCACCACUCCAUCGCCUUUGUCGCCUGCAGCAACCAGAUGUUCUUCUCCUUCACAUUUGGCUUCACCCACUCCUUCCUGCUCACCAUCAUGGGCUAUGACCGCUACGUGGCCAUCUGCCACCCGCUGCGCUACAACGUGCUCAUGAGUCCCCAUGCCUGUGCCUGCCUGGUGGCCUGGUCCUGGGUGGGUGGCUCUGUCAUGGGGCUGGUGGUGACAAUGGCCAUUUUCCAUCUCACCUUCUGUGGACCCAACGAGGUCCAACAUUUCUUCUGCCACGUCCCACCCCUGUUGAAGCUGGCCUGUGGGGAGGAUGUCCCAGUGGUGGCCAAAGGUGUGGGCCUGGUGUGCAUCACGGCCCUGCUGGGCUGCUUCCUCCUCAUCCUCCUCUCCUACGCCUUCAUCGUGGCCGCCAUCUUGAGGAUCUCAUCAGCAGAGGGACGGCACAAGGCCUUCUCCACCUGUGCCUCCCACCUCACAGUGGUCAUCGUGCACUAUGGCUUUGCCUCUGUCAUCUACCUCAAGCCCAAGGGACCGCAGUCCCUGGAAGGAGACACCUUGAUGGGCAUCACCUACACGGUCCUCACGCCCUUCCUCAGCCCCAUCAUCUUCAGCCUCAGGAACAAGGAGCUGAAGGUCACCAUGAAGAAGACCUUGCUCAGCAAACUCCUUCCCCAGAACUCUUGAAGAGGCUGGCCCUCCACAGGGACUGCUUGUGAGCAGUUCACUCUUCCAUCUCCCUCCUCUCCUCCCUUCUCCUCCUCCCCUCUCUCCUUCCUUCCUUGUUAAUGGUUAUGCCGGCCGUUGCUCCCAAGCUUUUCAGCAUUGAUCAUCUAGGUUCCAUCUUUUUGGCACCUUUAAUGAGAUAUGACUCAUGUACCAUAUAAUUUAUUGUUUGAAGUUUUGUGCAGUCAUCAGCACAGCCAAUUUUGGACAUUUUCAUCACCUGCAAAAGGAAUCCCUGAUCCCUCCAAUCAUUGCUCCUAUUUCCCCCAGGCCCUGACAACCACUAAUAUAGUCUCUCUUUGGAUCUCCCUCUUGUGGACAUUUCAUAGAGGUGGAAUCAUAUGAUGCAUGUCUUCCAGUGUUUGCGUUCUUUCACUCAGCAUCAUGUUUUCAGGGUUCAUCCAUGUUGUAUGAUGGAUCAGUGCUUCAUUCCUUUUCGUGGUUGUAUGCUAUUCCACUGUUUGGCUAGACCACAUUCUGGUUAUCAGCUCAGCAAUCAAUAGUCAUUUGCUUUCUCUCUCUCUUUUGUCUAUUAUGAAUUAUGCUGCUCUAAAUAAUAAUGUACAAAUUUUUGCAUGAGCAUAUGUCUUCAUAUCUUUUGCUAUAUACCUAAGAGUGUAAUUGAUGGACCAUACAGUAACUCCGUGUUUAGUCAUUUGUGGAACUGCCACAGUAUCUUCCAAAGAGACUGCUCGUUUUAGAUCCCCACCAACAGUGUUCUGAUUGCUUCACAUUCUCACCAAUAACUUUAAUUCCUUUCUUUUUCACUGUAGUCAUCCUAGUGGUAUCUUAUUGGUAUUUAAUUUGAUUUUUCAGGAUUGAACCCAGGACCUUUCACAUACUAGGCAAGCGCUCUACCACUGAGAAACCCAACGAGUAAUGAGUAAUGAUAGAUCUUAAGAGUUUAACGUAUGUGUUCUUUUACUUUAAGAGGAAAAUAGAAUCAGUAGUUCUAUUUUGAAGAUGAAGAAACUGAAGUACAAAGAGAUUAAGUCAGUCGCUAAAGUCCCGGCUGUGAAGCAGAAAGGCCCGGAACUUAUUCUUUGAGUUGAAGAACAGGGAUCAGAAGCACCCACUUCUCAAGGGGUAGGAGGGGGAAGACCAGGGAGGAAGGAGAGUUGGAUUGGAAACAAGAGAUGAACUCCAGCUAACACCAAGGAAAUGAGCCCAGGAUGAAGAAAUACGUUCUUAUCACGAGGUUAGGAAGAAAUACCUACUGGGUGAGAAUUAGGGAGACCCCUUAAGAGUUUGGUCAAACUGAACAUCAUGUUUCUGUUUUGUUAUUUUUUAGUAGCUGAAUUGAUAUGGAAAAGGUCAUCAUGUUUAAAUACAAAUUGAGUAUAAACUAUCCAAAGUGCCUGGGAUUAGAAGUAUUUCAGAUUUCAGAAUUUUUUUUUCAGAUCUUGAAAUAUGUGCAUCUACACAUUGAGAUAUCCUGGGGAUAGAACACGGGCCUCAACAUGAAAUCAUGUAUGUUUCGUACACACCACAUACACAUGUCCUGAAAGGAAUUACCUGCAGUGUUUUUAGUCACCUGCACUUUGGCUGUGACCCAUUAUGGAAGUCACACAUGGAAUUUUCCAGUUAUGACAUCAUGCUCCAAAAUUUUGGACUUGGGAGCAUUUUUCACAUUUUGGAUGUUGACAGAAGUUCAACCUGUAUUGAGCUGUUUGCCUAAAAAAAUUCCUGAUCCCUUCUAAAGCCAGGUUCUUGGGU